CUCGGUAGGUUGCAUGCACGGGGCUCUCCGACUGCUGCUGCUUUAAACAGCAGCUCUGACAUGGAAAUCCCAUUGCAGUUGCACAACGAUUUCUAUCCGGAUCAUCAUCAGCAGCAGCAGCACUGUAAAUACCAGCAAUACUGCGGGCGCGAGGACGAGCGCUCCAUCCGUCACUGCACCUGCAAUAACUCCUCCACCUGCGAGGAUGCAAGAAAAAGCCACGGGACGCCGCUGGGAACUUUGAGGACGCCGUCCGUGUCAUCUUCAACCAGGCAAGGUGCUCAGUACAGCGAGUUCACGCCCUCUAGUCAUGGUAGUUCAUCCAGACAUCAUCACCAUCAUCAUCCUCAUCGCGACCAGAACCGGCCGAACAAUCGGGGCAGCACGGCCAGCAGCCACCGAGAGAGUAACUCUUACACCCAAAUAGCCAUGAGCAGCUGCAGAUAUAACGGCGGCGUGAUGCGGCCGCUGAGCAACUUGAGCUCGUCCCGCAGGAACCUGCACGAGUUCGAUUCCGAGUCCCAGCCGCUGCAGCCGGUCUCUGCGGCGGACGCGUCCGACACCGUCGCCUCCAAACCGGAGAAAAACUCCGCCACCCUUAUGCCUUAUUCGGCGGGGGACGGGGGAGGGGGUGGAUGUGGCCACAGCGGUGGGAAGUCGGGCAAAAAGAAGAACCAGAACAUUGGACAAAAGCUCGGGCACCGGAGGGCCCUGUUUGAGAAGAGAAAGCGACUGAGCGAUUACGCGCUCAUCUUUGGGAUGUUUGGCAUCGUGGUCAUGGUUAUUGAGACCGAACUCUCGUGGGGAGCAUACGGAAAGGAGUCACUGUAUUCUUUAGCCCUAAAAUGCCUGAUAAGCCUUUCUACAAUCAUUCUUCUCGGUCUGAUUAUCAUAUAUCAUGCCAGGGAGAUUCAGUUAUUUAUGGUGGACAACGCUGCAGAUGACUGGAGGAUAGCUAUGACCUACGAGCGCAUCUUCUUCAUAUGCCUGGAGAUCUUGGUGUGCGCCAUACACCCUAUCCCAGGCAACUAUACAUUCACAUGGACGGCGCGUCUGGCCUUUUCUUAUACGCCAUCCAAGACGGACGCUGAUGUGGAUAUCAUACUGUCUAUCCCCAUGUUUCUUCGUUUGUACCUCAUUGCUCGGGUCAUGUUGCUUCAUAGCAAACUCUUUACCGAUGCUUCAUCUCGCAGUAUCGGUGCCCUCAACAAGAUAAACUUCAACACACGCUUUGUCAUGAAAACCCUUAUGACUAUCUGCCCCGGCACAGUACUGCUGGUGUUCACCAUUUCCCUGUGGAUCAUUGCCGCCUGGACUGUGAGGGCGUGUGAAAGAUACCAUGACAACGCUGAUAUAACCAGCAAUUUCCUUGGAGCCAUGUGGUUGAUCUCAAUAACUUUUCUAACCAUUGGAUAUGGGGAUAUGGUCCCCAAUACAUACUGUGGGAAAGGAGUGUGUCUACUGACCGGCAUUAUGGGUGCUGGAUGCACUGCUUUGGUGGUUGCUGUGGUCGCAAAAAAACUGGAAUUAACCAAAGCCGAAAAACAUGUACAUAACUUUAUGAUGGACACCCAGCUAACAAAAAGGGUGAAAAACACAGCUGCUAAUGUACUCAGGGAGACAUGGCUUAUUUAUAAAAACACCAAGCUGGUGAGGAAGAUGGACCAUGCUAAAGUCAGGAAACAUCAGCGCAAGUUCCUUCAAGCCAUUCACCAAUUGAGAAGUGUUAAAAUGGAGCAACGCAAGCUGAAUGACCAAGCAAACUCACUAGUGGACCUUGCAAAGACUCAAAACAUCAUGUACGAUCUGGUCUCCGACCUGAACGAACGAGGCGAGGACAUGGAAAAGAGGAUCGAGCUGCUGGAGACCAAACUGGAGACGUUGCUUAGCAACCUACAGGCACUUCCCGGCCUCAUCAGUCAGGUGAUCAGCCAGCAGCAUCGGGACUUCCUGGAAGUGCAGCUCCAGCCGUACGACAGACACAGCCACGACCGCUCGCAGUCCGUGUCCAGGCGCCGAUCGUCUUCCACCGCUCCGCCCACUUCUUCCGAGAGCAGCUAGAGAGCCCCCGGGCCGGCACCUCCGGAGAAGACUUUCGCCAUCAUAUGGCCAAGUUGCGUUUUACUGUAAAGCCUUACGGUUUUAAUAAAGUAUUAUCCGGAUUCUGAUAACCAGAUCAGAGGUUAGCGAGGAUAAUGCGUUUGAAACGGUUAACUUCCACAUAUCUUGUUUUUUUACCUCAGUAAAUGAUGCCCACAGCAUCAUAGAGGGACUUUACUCAGUACGCAAUGAUUGCAAGAUGGGGCUAUCAGGUGAGCAAGUCCUUAUUCAGGAAAGUAACGCGACCUCAAUUGGCACAAAGUGCCAGACUAGUGCUUCCUAUCGAAUCGUAUGUGAAUGAGAUCUGACCUGUUUCUUGAAUCAACAGGCAUUAAUAAUUCUUUAAGCAUGUCUGAACCCAAGACAGGGGCAGAUGAAGAAUGCCUACCCUCCCUGUCCAAAUAGCGAAAAUUUACACACGAGAAAGGUAAAGACACUAUAUAUCUUUUAGGUUAGAAACGGCAUCGGCUGUAGUGUUCUUCUGUAGUAGCCCUCCAAAAGUGACUAUUUUGAGGGACAAACGAUACUGCAAACGACUUACUCUGGAAAAUGAAUGCAUCUGAAUCUAUACUUGCACUUUUUAUCAAUGCACUUCAAUGCUUACUGACUGUAAUAUGAAUUUGUGUUGCUCAUUUCAAUAAAAUGGCACCUUUAGUCAUAAAAAA